AUGAUAUUAUUAUCAAAUCAUUAAAGAUGGAUAUUCACAUUAUCUUUAAUUAAUACUAAUUUAUGGAAUGAAUUAUAAAAGGAAUAAAAUAAAUAAGAGAAUCUUAAAAAAUUACAUUAAAAAUUAUUAAGACCUAAUUUAGGAAAUCCAUAAUUAAAAGAAGAAUUAGAUGAUUUAAAAUAAAAAGAAUCAAAAAGAUUAUCUGAUUUUUUGGAAUUAUUAUCAAAAUAUUAAGUAACUCUUUUUGAUGAAAAUUUCAAUUAAGGAGACAAAUAUUUGAAAGCUGCAAAUUAAAAUUUUGAAUUUUUAUUGCUUUUUUAUGAUUCACUCUUAUUAUUUGAAGAUUUUAUUAAAUUACCUGGAGAUGAAUAAAUAUAAAAAAAGCAUUAAAAUUUGAAAGUUUCUUUGAGAUAAAAGUAGAGUGGUUAAAUAAUAGAUACAAAUUCAGAAAGAUCUCUAAGUAAAACUUGGGAAGGUGUUCAAUUGGAAAUGUUUACUAUAGGAGAUAGAAUAAUAUAAUAUAAUUGGCAAAUCAAUUAAGUAAUAAAAGUAGAUCCAAAGGAUGCAAAGAAUAAAGCUCCAGAAGCUAAGAAACCUGCUCCAGGAGGAAAACAAUAAGAAACUGAAAAACCUGUUUAGACUACUACAACGUAUUUUAUUUUAAUAAAUUUAGACCAUUAAAAUCAUUUAAAACAUUUAGAUAAAUAUCAGCCAAACAUGAAUUCUUUAAAUCAAUAAAUGAAUUUGUUAUUGAAUACAAGAAAUAAGUAGAUUAUGCAAAAGAUUAAAUAAAAUUACUUAGUGAAAGAGAGUUAAAGUUCUAAUUUAAAUGGGAAUAAAGUAUUGCUUCUUUGUGA